ACUCCGGAAAUGUGCUUUAUAUAUUGAACACAACCCCUCCCAUCCCAUUAAUCGCAAGAUACUCUCUUGCGCCCCAUCUCUGCCUCCUGCCUCCUGCCUCCUGCCUCGGUUCACGCCUGCUGGUCCUGUGGAUAGCUGCCCAUUUACCAGGCGGGUUAAGCCAAAACCUACAACAGUGUCUCACCACCAGAUAAUUCAAAAAUUCACAGAGCGUUAAAUUCCCGGGUGUUGUUGCUGCUGUGGUUCUUGUUGUUGUCCCCAGUGAAACAGUAUUUUAAAGGGAAGCCGAAUUCAGCCACCCUCUGACAAAGCUCCUCUGUAACAUGUUAGCAGGUGUAGUGUAAAAGGACUCGCACGUGCGCCGGCACCGUGAGAACGGGCUUGUGUACAGCUUUAAGAUUCUCUGACGUCACCCCGAUGCAGGUUUCUGCGAUGAAGUGCUCAUGAAAAAGGACUGAAUUCUUGUCUGUCUGAGCGGAGGAGAUGGGUCUGGUCUGCGUGUGAGGAAAAAACAGGGGAGCAGUAUCGGGCACCCAGGCGGAGGAGAAUGUGACGGCAAAUAAUCGAGGCAGGGGAGCGCACUCGGGACCGAGGAACCACGGCAGCACAGACUGCGAUGCGGAGAUUCCUGAGAGAUCGAGCGGACAGGCACGGCAUCCAGUGAGCAGAGCAGAGCAGACCGGCGAGCAUCAUGAUUCAUUUCGGUGCUGAUGUGCACAUCCAGGGAGCAAACAAGCCGGCGAACGGCAAGCGAAGCGAGCGGUCGAAGGAUCUAUAAAAGCAAAACAGCAGCCAGAGAACACAGCGCUACAUCACGGUAGCAGACUCCUGUUGAGACUCGCACUCUUUUUUUUUAUUCCGAUUUUUUUUUUAAAUAUCAGGGAGGCGGACGAUCGCAAGAGGAAUAUGUAUGAGAUCUGAAAAAAAAAACAACAAAACAAAACAAGGGAGCUCUAUAUCCACGUAGCUCCCUUUUUCUGUGUGUUCACGUCCAAUUUUCCCCGGUAGGUUUUAAGGCAAUUGCUGAUUAAAAAGGGAGGCGAGGGGUGUUGUCGGGAAACGGCCGAGAAAGAAGAAGGGUUGCUUUUUGGGGGGGGGGAGAGAAUGAAUUGAUGCGCUAAUGGAGACGCGUUGGUGAAGAAUAUUCUAACAGGGGAUGGUGGUAUUCUGAAACCGAGGUGGAAGCGAAUGCCUUUUCAUCGAAAACACUGGAUCCCUGCAGCCCCUAGUGGAGUCCCGGGAUUUUCAGGGCCCUGACAGAGCACAUCGCUGAAUGGAGUAGAGCCAUCAGGCGCCCAGCAAUUGAAUGAGGGUUGCAUGGGAAGAUGGAACGGAACAGAGAGGCAAACGCAGACCAGCUCUGUGCAGCCCAGAAUUGCCGGAUCUGAAAUAAACUGAGUAACCUAUAACCACUUUCUCCUGACCUUUCCAAUCCCUUCUCUCCCUGCCUUUUCCUCUCCGACGGCUUUUUUAUACUGCCUUUUUCAAAUACAUAGGCAGCCUUUUUUUUUUCUUUUGGGAAUAGUAGCACACUCCAAACGCAGCGCCCGUCGAAAAUGUACCUCUUUGCCAUCCCCGAGUGUAGAGUAGGGACAGCCAGGUCUUGUCCCCAGAGAAUGUCUGACACCUGUCUGGUUUGGCUCCUUGGCUUGGCUCUCAGAGUGGCUCUGACUUCGUGCCAUAAAGGUGACACCUCCAGCACUGACAAAUAUCCCAUGGUUACCACCAACUACGGCAAGCUGCGAGGCAUCAAAAAGGACCUCAACAAUGAGAUUCUCGGCCCGGUGGAGCAGUACCUUGGGGUGCCUUAUGCCACCCCACCCGUCGGAGACAGGAGGUUCCAGCCUCCUGAGGCCCCUGGGUCCUGGCCGGAUGUGAGAAAUGCUACCCAGUUUGCUCAUGUUUGCCCACAAAACAUCCAGGGGGUAUUGCCGGAAAUUAUGCUCCCUGUGUGGUUUACAGACAACCUGGAUAUUGUGGCCGGUUACAUUCAGAACCAGAGUGAGGACUGCCUCUACCUGAAUAUCUACGUACCAACAGAAGAUGGUCCGCUCACAAAAAAACACGAUGAAUCUACGAUCAACAGCCCCAGAGACGAAGAUAUCCGCGACCGGAGGAAGAAGCCUGUGAUGCUGUUCAUUCACGGAGGCUCCUACAUGGAGGGGACGGGCAACAUGUUCGAUGCCAGCGUGCUGGCUGCCUACGGCAACGUCAUCGUGGUCACCAUGAACUACCGCCUGGGCGUGCUGGGGUUCUUAAGCACAGGGGACCAGGCUGCCAAGGGGAACUAUGGGCUCCUGGAUCAGAUCCAGGCUCUGCGCUGGCUCAAUGAGAACAUCGGGCAUUUUGGAGGCGACCCAGAAAGAAUCACCAUUUUCGGGUCUGGAGCUGGAGCUUCCUGUGUCAACCUUCUCAUCCUGUCUCACCACUCCGAAGGUCUGUUCCAGAGGGCCAUCGCUCAGAGCGGCUCGGCCAUCUCCAGCUGGUCUGUCAACUACCAGCCGCUGAAGUACACCAACAUCCUGGCCCGCAAGGUGGGCUGCAGCCAGGCGGCCGCCUCCACCACCGAAGUGGUCGAGUGCCUGCGGCGCAAGAGCUUCCGCGAGCUGGUGGACCAGGACAUCCAGCCGGCACGCUACCACAUCGCCUUCGGGCCGGUGGUGGACGGGGACGUGGUCCCGGAUGACCCGGAGAUCCUGAUGCAGCAGGGGGAGUUCUUGAACUAUGACAUUCUGAUCGGGGUCAACCAGGGAGAAGGCCUGAAGUUCGUGGACGACGGGGGCUCGGAGAACGAGGAUGGCAUCUCGGCUGCAGCCUUUGACUACACCAUCUCGAACUUUGUGGACAACCUCUACGGCUACCCUGAAGGCAAGGACAUCCUGCGGGAGACCAUCAAGUUCAUGUACACCGACUGGGCCGACCGCGACAACGGCGAGAUGCGGCGCAAGACCCUGCUGGCGCUCUUCACCGACCACCAGUGGGUGGCCCCGGCGGUGGCCACCGCCAAGCUGCACGCCGAGUUCCAGUCGCCCGUCUACUUCUACACCUUCUACCACCACUGCCAGACGGAGUCGCGGCCCGAGUGGGCCGACGCCGCCCACGGCGACGAGAUCCCGUACGUCUUCGGCAUCCCCAUGAUCGGGGCCACCGACCUCUUCCCCUGCAACUUCUCCAAGAACGACGUCAUGCUCAGCGCCGUGGUCAUGACCUACUGGACCAACUUCGCCAAGACUGGGGACCCCAACCUGCCGGUUCCCCAGGACACCAAGUUUAUCCACACCAAGCCGAACCGCUUCGAGGAGGUCAUCUGGACCAAGUUCAACUCCAAGGACAAGCACUACCUGCACAUCGGGCUCAAGCCCCGCGUGCGGGACAACUACCGCGCCAACAAGGUGGCGUUCUGGCUGGAGCUGGUGCCGCACCUGCACAGCCUGCACGAGGAGCUCUUCCCCCCCACCACGCCCCGCCUGCCCCCCGGCACCUCGCGCCCGCCCUGGACCCGGACGCGCCCCGGCACCACGCGCCACCCCUACCCCACCCUGCCCCCCGACGACGAGGACGGAGCCGAGCGGCCCCGCUACUCCCCCUUCCCGGGGGACACCCGCGACUACUCCACCGAGCUGAGCGUGACGGUGGCGGUGGGGGCCUCCCUCCUCUUCCUCAACAUCCUGGCCUUCGCCGCCCUCUACUACAAGCGGGACAAGCGGCACGAGCUGCGGCGCCGCCUGAGCCCGCAGAGGAGCCCCGCCAACGACCUGGCGCACAGCCAGGAGGAGGAGAUCAUGUCGCUGCAGAUGAAGCACUCGGAGCACGACACCCACGACAUGGAGCCCCUGCGGCCCCACGAAAUCCUCCGCCCGGCCUGCCCUCCGGAUUACACCCUGGCCCUGCGGAGGGCGCCCGAUGACGUGCCCCUAAUGACGCCCAACACCAUCACCAUGAUCCCCAGCACCAUCACUGGCAUGCAGCCCCUCCAUGCCUUCAACACGUUCCCGGCCACCGGCCACAACAACACUCUUCCUCACCCCCACUCCACAACCCGGGUAUAGCCGUGCCCCCCCGGCCCCGCCCCUUCGGAAGGACCACCCCCCUCCCCCUUGGUGCUCCGCAGAGGUGUACGGUACACGACGGAUUGGGUUGUUUUGGGGAAGCAUCCAGCCCCUGGAUGUUGGUUGCUGUUUUUUUCUUUCGGAGAAAUUCCGGGAGCUCCAGUGGUCUGUUGUGCUGACGGAUUUGCCAAACUCCAGCAAAGCCUGAUGGAGGAAUAAAGCUGUAUUUUCCGUUGUAGCAGAUCUCCCCAGCACCCCUGUUCUCCUCUGUUCUCCUGUCGCUCUGGAAUUCGUCUUACCUACUCUAGUUUCCGAAUUUUCUAGAUCUCAUUUCUGAUGUGUCGUCAUCAUCCUCUCUCUUCCUCUACGUGCUCCAAUCUCCCGAUCUCCUCUGUCUUGUCACCCCUCUCUCGUCACCUGUUCCUUUUCCUAAUUUGCUUCAAACUCCCUCUUGCUCUUAUCUUUGGCUUUUUUCUCAGUUCAGUACAUUUCCCUUCGCCCGUCCACUCUCCUCCUGCUUCUUGUUCAUAGCUCCUGGUUUUGCUUUUCAUCCUCUCCCAUCUCUCCUCUCUCCCUCUCCAUGAGAUCUUAUUUCUAGCUCUUGGAAAUCGUUUUCAAGAAUGCAAGAAAUAAACAGGGGAGAAAAUAAAAUCCUAACUCUAAUUCUACCAGCAUUCUUGGUGCCAAGGACUGUGGUUUCAGCCUGCCUCUUCAGGAAAAACACAAGACUGUGAGGAAAGCUACAAAGGAAAUAUCAAAAGUGCCAAACUUAAUUUCUUCUUCUGAUUUUAUUUUCUUUACUUUGCUAAUGUUUGUUUUGGGGAGGGGGGGAGAGGGAAUGCUAAAAUAAGUGUAUAAAUGGUUUGCUCUGUGGAAUCUAUGCAUGACAAUUUUUAAACAAGAUGAGAAAGUGAAUUUGAGAUUCCAGCUUUUAUUGAGGGGAGGAGAGAUUGGGGGACAGGCCCAUGGCACUUCACAAGACCUAAACUUGACUCGCAGAGGGAAUCUGUUUUUCUGUAGAUAUUUACAAAACAACCCCCUCCCCCAACAAUCUUCUGCAUUCUUAAUUUCCUCCUUCUGUCGCAGAACAGUCCCCUACCCGAUGUUUCAAUGGAGAGCUGAGCAGGACACUUUUCUCCAUAUUUUUCUAAACUCUGGAAGACAGCUUUGCUGCCACCUCGUCUGUUGCGCCACACAAAUGUCAAGAGAUACAAAGACCAAACGUUUCCUGAUUUAUGCCUGUAGCGUAGAUGGCUAACUGCAUUUUCUUAUUUUGCGUGAUUCUUUGGAAAUUAUGUGGUUGUUCCUAAUAUUUCUUUUUGGUUUUGUUGGGUUGAUUUUCUGCCAUAAUCCUAGACGUUUACAGUAUUAUGCUUCUUGCAUCAGAUGGAUGGCUGACUAGACAGGUGAUUGAGCUCACGAUGGCCAUGGAAAGUAUGUUUUUAAUGUCUUCUCUCAAUGCUAAGGUUGCUCUUUUUUGACCGAAUUCAAAUUACUAUGGGAACAUACAAUAUGACUUGCCCACUAAUGAGGUGCACUUCAAAUAGGCUCAUUUAAACACCAAAAAUGUUACGCAGUGAUUAAAUAGUCUUUUUGUCGUUGCA